AUGCGGCGGGACCGGAUCCAGUCCGUCCACUCGCGCUGCGUGCAGCAGGACGUCUCCCGCAUCUCGGACGCCGUCUCGAAGUUCUCCGAGAAGGGCGAGCGCGGAGAGAUCCCUCUGGUGCUGAUCCCCGCCCACCGCAGCCCGUUCUCCGGCACUGGCUGGUGGCUGACGAUUCCGACUGGUUGCUACUGCCUCAUGCAGCGCUUCGGUAAGGACGUCGGACUCGCGCCGCCCGGUGGUUCCCUCAAGCCGCCCUUCUACCGGAUCGCGUACAUAGUGACGCAGCAGUCGUGCACCUAUAACGCCCCGGUGCUGGAGUGCCCGACCUCGGACAACGUGAGGGUAAGCGUUGACAUGGUCAUCACCUUUAUGAUCCGCGACCCUUCCAAAUUUGUCUACAAGCUGGGUGGACCGCCUCUUCCUUCUCUUUGUCUUUCUCCUUCUCCUUCUCUGCAUCUUUCUCCUCCUCGGGUCCUAAAACCGGUGGGUCUCGUAAAACCCUACCACAGCCUACCUCCACGCAGGAACUCCCAGGGACGGUCAGCGACUUUUCAGCCCAGGACCAGAAUCCUCCUCCUCAUUCUGCAUCCUUGCCUCCUGCUUCUCUCUUCCCCUUCCCUUAGGUGCUGUGCACUUCGACCAGCUGCUGACCGGGGCCGUGGACGAGGGCAUCCGUCUCCUCGUGAGGAAGCAGUCCCACCAGACGGUCAGGACGCUCCGAGGGAACCGCGCCGACAGCAUGCUCGCCUCUCUGAACGAAAGUUCGCCGAGUCGGGCGUGGUGUUCUCCAAUUGCACGGUCACCGCCGUUGUACUCCCUGAGGAAUUGGAGCAGAGCCUGGAGACGACCACGGCGAUGAGGAAGGCGAUGGAGAAGACGACCCGCGAGCACGAGUUCGAGAUGGGCGAGAUCCAGCGGAAGUCCCAGCUGGAGCUCGAGGGCCUGAAGCGGAACCACGAGCAGGCGAUCGUCAGGGAGCACGGCAACAAGAAGAUGGCCGAGCUCAAUAGAGACAAUGGGUUGGUGAAGGCCGCGGAGCUGUUGUCCACGGCCCGCAUCGAGGCCGAGCAGCAGGCGCAGGUGUUGAAGAUGGAGACCACCGCUAAGCGCGACCGUACGAGGGUGGACAUGGAGCGGGCGCGCGUGGAGCAGAUCUCCAAGGCCGAGGCCGAUGCAGAAACCAGGAGAGUUCAGGCGGACAUUUCGUACGAGAAGGCGUUGAUGAACGCGGAGGUGGAGAAGCAACGGUUCGUGGGCGAGGCGGAGGCCAUCAAGCUGGACAGCCAGGCCGAGGCCAAGGCGUCGCAGUAUUUGACCCACAAGCGGAAGCACGAGCUGGAGAUGCGCGAGAAGGACGUCAUCAUGAGGCUGGCCCAGAAGGCAAACUACAACCUCGUCGGCGCGCCCGGCGACCGCCUGGUGGACGGCAUGAUGGAGGGAACCCUCGCGGAGGGCGGCGCCGCGGCGCAGAGCGGGUGGUUCCGGUGA